AUGUCAUCCGUAGGGGAGUUUGGGUCGGGUCCGUCUGUCCGUUGGACGGUUGUCCGGACUCAGGCUGUUACAAGCGGUUAAACGUUAAUUGAAUCCCCGCUCUUUUAGUCUUUUAAUCGGACUUUUAAUUGAAAUGAAGCAUGGCUGUUAACGUGGACGCUGGGUCAGUUUUGUGGCUGAGGAGAAGAAACAAAGUUCAAAGCUUUUUGUAAUUGAAGCAUGGAAACUCAAAGGACGCGUCGACAGCAGCAGAGGAGUCCGCCGACAAACCGCUCUGUGGCCCGGCACAUCACGGAAGAAUGGGCGAUGUGAAAACUGGCCCAAACCGGGACUGAGUCUCCUGCCCGGGUCUCCCUCAGCCUCAUGUCACCCUCCUCUCCGUGUCAGAUGCCUCGGCGAGGCGAUGGAGGGGGCUACAAGCCGGCACCGGUGUCCCCUGCUCCGCCUGUACCACCGAGGAGGGUCCGGAGCCGGGACAGGGGCUCCAGCAGGACGCGGCGGUCCGGGGCAGGGGCAGGGUCAGCGGGAGCCGGGGCAGCGGAGAGGCGCGUCAAGUGUGUGCUGGUUGGGGACGGAGCUGUGGGGAAAACCAGCCUGGUGGUCAGCUACACCACCAACGGGUACCCCACUGAGUAUGUCCCCACCGCGUUUGACAACUUCUCAGCGGUGGUAUCAGUGGACGGGAAACCAGUCAAACUACAACUCUGUGACACAGCUGGGCAGGAUGAGUUUGACAAGCUGCGGCCUCUGUGUUACACCAGUGCAGAUGUGUUCCUGCUGUGCUUCAGCGUCGUCAGUCCUGCCUCCUUCCAAAACGUUCCUGAGAAGUGGGUUCCAGAGAUCCGGAGACACGCCCCCUUCGCUCCACUCGUCCUCGUUGGGACGCAGUGCGACCUCCGAGAAGAUGUCAAGGUUCUCAUUGACCUGGCUAAGUACCGGGAGCGACCUGUGGUCCCAGCAGAUGCUCGGGACUGUGCAAUGGAGAUUGGAGCUGUAGCCUACAUGGAGUGCUCUUCACUGACCCAAAAGAAUUUGAAAGAAGUGUUUGACACGGCCAUACUGGCCAGCCUGCAGAACUGCAGCUCCCAUAAGCACCCAAAAGGGAAACAGAAACGCCGAAAAAAGCAAAGGCAGACACCGGACAAGAUGAAGAGUCUGUCCAAGUCAUGGUGGAAAAGGUACUGCUGUGUGGCCUAGAGCAGAUCUGUGAUCAGAUGUUUCGGGUCUCAAAGACUGUUAUUCAGGUCUGAAUUCAGCUGGGUUUGGGUUCUGCCUGGACUCGUUUGGUUUCCCUCCAAUGGAGCCGGAUGUUGAACAAGACCUCGACUGGACUGUGAACCAAAGUAAGACUGACAUGGAUCUAAAACUUUUUGUUUUUUAGUCUUAUCGUGGAUGAGAUUUACUACUGAGCCGAGCCUGGUUCUUGCAGAACCUGCUGUGAAAAUACAGCAGCUCUGCCAUGUCCUUUUUCUAACCUGUUUGAAUCUUAACCUGCCUCCAGUAUGAGUCCUCUGCAGGAAGCAGUACGCCUGCCUCUUCUGGAGUUAAAACUGGUAUGAAACAAAACCUCUGUGGGACUAGCUGGAGACCCUCUCAAUGUCACUGUGGAUGUGACAGUGUUGUUCAUGAUUAGACUCGUCCAGAUCGUCUGUGUUUAAAGGACCUGUGUGUAGGAUUUAGUGCCAUCUUCUCAUGGUCCAGUUGCCAUUUGCUAUUGUAGAAACAUGGCGGUUCAACAUGGCGGUUCAACAUUGCGGCCCCGUGGAUGAGGACCCACGACGUCUGUAGAUAUAAUAGUCUCAUUCUGAGGUAACAAAGACAAAACUAUUUUUAUUUUUCAGAUUAUUAUACACUAAUGCAGUGGUUCUCAACCCUUUUCUAUCAUUCAGUAAACUGAUGACCCCUGACUGAGUGCCAUAUCUUAGUACAUAAUAUAUUCAGUGCAACAAUAACAGUACUGAUAAACUGUACAAUUAACCCACAUAGUGAAGACAUAAUAAUAACAGCAGGAAGUUUAUGUCAAACGAACAGGUUGAAUGAAUUUUGAGAUUAUUUCCUGUGAAUGUUGCAUUAUAGAUGAGUUUUCCUGACAUUUUAAGAAGUUUUCAUACAAUUCUCUGUUUGUUUGUUUUUUUCUAAACAAUCACAGAUGCUUUUUAUUGGAGAAUUUUCAGUGUUUUCUUCUCCCUGAGGCAUGCCCAUUGCCCAACAGAGUACUUUUCUAAUGCAGGCCUUCACUGUGCCCCUGUCAAGAAAGCCUGUGAAGCGUCGGUCAUCAUUAGUAGGGGUUGAGACCGCCGGGUUGGGAACCAGUACACUAAUGAAAACAUAAUUAUGCAUAUUAUAUCUUCAUUUCUGCCGUAUUCUAAAAAUAGAGUCUCCUAAAUCUGACACACUGGACCUUAAAGACAAACAUUGGAGUGUUAAGUCUGGUAGAGAUUCAUGUAGCCUUGUUAUGUCGACUGGAGGGGCACUCUGGAGUCUCUGCAGGUUGUACAUGUUACUGUAAGUGACUUCAGUCAAACUGAAUCUAAAUUCAGUUCUAAUUUCUAACUUGUUUCUAAUGUCUGUCUGGUCUCAUGAUUAGAAACCAAACCGUGUCUUUAUUUAAAUAUGAAAACAAGAAGCCGCUUUUGAUUUUCUGACCCAGAAUGAUUGCGCUGUGCUGACCUGUGCUGGAUUUGUCUGACUAAGUCGAAACUUAGUCAGACAAAGACAGACUUUAUUAAGCAGCUAAUCAUUGCAGCCUAUAAACUUAAUCUGAAGCCUGGAUCAGACUGACUGACUUUUAUUUAGUCUCUAAUCUGAACUAUUUAUGGAAUUAGGUCUGGCUCGGUUUUUAUUGUGGUUUUUCUUCACGUCCUGCCACUGUUUGGCCCAGAAUAAAGCCAGACAGUGAAUAGGUUUGGUCAGGCUCAGACUUUAGGAUCAUUUUAUUAUUAUAUUAUAUCUUAUGUGUAACAGAAUUAAUGUCUUUUUUCACCAAGCCAUUUCUGCCUUAAUCAUAGUUUUUUCACUUUAGACUCCAAGAUUUUAACUGUAAACUGAUACCUACCACGUGUUUCAGUACUCGCAAUGAUGCUGAAUGAUUAAGCAAUGGUGUCUGAAUAUCCAUGUGAUACAAACAAAACAUCAUUCUUUAGAAAUAAGUUGUAUCUUUACACAAGAAGACAUAACACUGUAUGUAGGAGUCAGGUUUCCAUUGGUAGCUGUGGCUGUUCAUCAUUCUCAUCUAUCCCACAUUAGUGCUGAAGGACAGUGUACGCUGUAUUAAUGUGGUUUGGUUAAACAAAAAUCUCCGUUCUGUGGUGAUGGACUGCAGACUAGCAUUGACCUUAAUCAGGGAAGAGGACAUUACUUUCUUCAUCAUGAUCAUAUUGUUCCACAAACCACAACUCUGCUCAGUAGCCAAGUGGCUGCUGUAGAAGAGAGAAGAGGAUUUCAAAUGUUCAUCCUGUCAACCACUAACUCACAUCUGAAGACACAAGUUGCAAGGCAGGCAAAUACUAUAUUGGUUUCAGAUAUGUGUACUGCUUUAUUCAUGUUUGAUUUAUCUUUCCACUUCACUUCACGCUUCAACAAGCUUAAGUGUGAGCACUUAACAGAAUUAGAUCAACCAAGUGCUCUUCACAUGUGUUUAAAUUUACAAAAUGGACUCAGCUGUUGUUUGUGUAGGUUUGCAGCAAGAAAAUGAACUUAGAACAAACAGCUGAGUGAGUUUAUCUCUUAGCUUUUCAUUUCAAUGGUGUAUCUAAGACUGUGAAGUUUGAAUUCUGUACAUAUUCAGUGAAAUAUUUUCUUUGUAGUUAUGAGCUAUAGUUUGAUUCACUGUGUUUGUUGCUCUGCAUGUUUUCCCUUUACCUAAAAUAUGACCUUCUGCUCUGUCACAAUGGUAACCAUUCAUCCUUUCCACCAUUCUGCCUCUGCAGCAUGUUCUCUCUCCGAUAGAUUAAGUCGUGUAUGUUGUAAAGCAGAAAUAAAAAAGGCAAACUACAACACAAACUGUGUGGCUGUCAAACACUUAACUGCCACACCUUCCUUUGUACAUUGUAGCUACUAAGACAGGAACAAAACCCAGUGAUGUACAACUAUUUCUCUACAGUGCAUCUGAAAGGCUCUUUGUGUUAGAGUCACUGAGCAGAGAGGAAAAAGGGCGCAACUAAGUUUGCAGUCUGUAAUGGAUUCAAAGCAGAUCUGCCAUGUGUAAGAUCAUUAUUGAUCCGAUAUAAAGACAAAAAAUGAUUUUCACUACUCUCUAAUCUAGACUAUGAUCUAAACACCUGUCAAGGCCAAGUUAAACAUUUGUCUGACUAGUAACCCAAGGUUAAAAUGUCAGAGUUCAGGAUGAACCUUUUUACAGUGUUCACUGUAUCGAUCAAACAACGUUUCAUUUGACAAAUAAUAUAUUUUGCUGCUUUAAAUAAUUCACAUCAGGUGUGUUUCUCUGAAAGAGUUAACAAUAACCCAGCUGUGGAGGGGUUUUAGUAAAUUCUGGACUAGGUAUAGGGUGAAAAUCCUUUUGCAAAAGUGACACAGUUCUUCUGAUCUAUUCUUUUCCUUUCGUGCUUGCUAGCAUUACAUUUUUCUAGUGUGUGGUUCAAAGUCAGUUGUGUCUACUGGUGUGAAAUAUAGUGAGCUGUGGUGUGCCUUAAAAUUCAAUGAGGAAUCAUUUCUUUUAAAUUUGACAGUACUGUGAAGAAAAUGUGAAUCUUUAAAGACAUUUAAGUUAAGUUAAUAAGUUUAAAAGUUUAAUCUAACAAACUGAAGUUAAAUUCACAUCUGCCGGAGCUUACACAGUCAUUUGUACAAUCCUUUAGACUUCUGUGGAAUAUUUUCACCUUGUUAAUUAACAUUUUGAGCAUUUCUAUUUUUCAUUACAAAGUGUCAAGACACUGAACACAACUACAGCUUGAUAUCAGCAUCAAAAUUUGCUUCCUACUAGGCAUAAAAUUGUCCUGGUGUAGCCCAAACUAGCCUGCUGUUCUUUAAAAUAUGUAGUUCAAGUUUUAUACUAAUAUACAUGUAUGUUGUCCUCUGUCCACUGUUGUUCAGUGUCGCUCUCUAAGAUAAAUCUGAGAACUUUAAUUUAAAACUCAAAAUGUUUGGUCAUGUUCAGCUCAGGCCUGAGUGUAAAAAAAAAAACUCUGACUGUGGAUUUGAAGACUGCGUGUUACUGGAGCUGUUUGGUAGUUUUCUGCUGAAGAUGUUACAACUGCGACUGAAUGGGUUCACUGUGUCGAUGUUUUACUCAGAAAAUGCAUUGUUUCUCGCUGGGGAAAAGACAUAAUAAGUUGCUUGUCUUGCUGUUUGUGUGCAGUCUCGGCUGAUGGUGGAUUUAAGUAGGCUAAAGGUCAUGCAGACCCUUAUGAUAGCUGGCAUUUCCUCUGUCAGGUCACUUACAUUUACGUAGAACAUAGUACAUUUCUCAACACAGUGGCUUUGUUUGCAUGCAGUGUGUGAUUUUGGCCCUAAGUAACAAUAUGUUGCAUGUUUCUGAUCAGGAUUUGAAAGCGAUAAAUAAAUUAAUCUAUGCUAUGCGACCACUCAGGUGACAAUUUUAUGUUACAAACAUAGUGUAACAGUAACACAAGUAGUCGCAAGUUAGCGAACCAACUGGUCACACCACACCAAGUAAAGCUGUAGCAGAAAAACUCUUGAGUAUGAAGCGGCGUAUGUCCUGUAUGAAUGGCUCUGUAAUGUUGAACAGACGAGUCUCUGAAAGUGAACUAUAGUAUGUCAAGACAGUCAGAGAAGAGACAUGAUGUGAUUAUUGUGCUGCAAAGUCUGUGUUUUGUUGAAGGUUGGACAGAAAUGUUUGGGACAGGUGCAAAAAGUCUGGAUGUGAUUUUUGCCAUUGGACAAUGAAAGCAUGACGUACUGCGUGAGAUUUGAAACAUACACAGUCGCUUUCCCAAAGAAAGGUUGUACAGCUAAUUAUUUGUACGUAUGAUACUACUAAAUAAGUGACUCAUGUACAAGUGUUAAGUGUUAUUGUACAUGGAAAAUGAAGAACAGCCGUCCAAACCAGUCUGAUUCUGGAUAAAAACCAUUUCUUUCUGUGAAUGACCUCAGAUGAAGCAAAUUUGUUGUUGUUGAUUGCACAAGAAUUUCCUAUAAAGUUCACUGAGUUUAAACAAAAUGAAGAGACAGGCUCAUUCUGAAGAUAUAAUUGUUUUAUUGAGGUUGACAUCCCCUAAAGCACACCUGAGCUCACUCACAUAGGACACCAACUGAAAACUUUCUCUUAGGAAAACCAACCCACUCAGCCUGCAUGAAACAACCCUUGUGUUUUCAUUUUACCUGCAUGUAAAAACAUUGUAACACAGAGCACACUGCAGCAGUCUGCUCACACUGAAUCAUCUGUUUUAUGGAGGACGCCUGUCACAGAAAGAUGUGUUUGUACAGAAGUUUUAUACCCUGAGAAAUAAAGAAUAUUUCGUAUAAUA